AUGUGGCCGAUCGGCUCUCGCUUGGGCUCUCGCCUAGUCCAGUCGGCACGUGGAUCCACCAGCUUUUCCUUGCAUGGCGCAGUCUCGUCUGCAAAAGUGCAGGUUCAAGCAGGAGACUUGGUUUCUGAUGGAGGCCAUUGCGACCUCAUUGUGAACUCUGCAAAUGAGACGCUUGAAGGACCGCUGUUUCCGUACUUUCCCAUUGGUGCCGAGUGCGAGAGUGGGGAUGUGUACUACCAGGAUGAAGUCGUUGAUGGGCGAAUCCACAAAGCUGCUGGCCCGGCACUGGGUCGACUUUGCCGACGCCUGCCUGAGCUGCCGCCGGAUGACGAUCCAAACGCGCCAUUUCCAAGUCCGUACACGCAGCGCUGUGAGAUUGGGGGAGCGCGGCUGACGGAGGUGCCCGAGGGGAGCGAGCUGGCUCGUCGGUGCAAGUAUGUUGCACAUGCGGUGGUGCCCAUGUGGGCUGGUGAUUUGGAUCUGCAAGAGCAGAACAGGCGGAUAAACCUGCUACGACAGGCCUACAGCGCUGUUUUUUCUGCCGCGCAAAGCGCUAGCACUCCUGUGCGACGGAUUUGUUCGCCUUUGCUGGGUGCGGGAGCAAAGCAAUUUCCUGUGGACCUGGCAGCGCGCUGUGCAAGGGAAGCAGUCCUCUUGGAGUUACAGAAUCCGAUGCUGAUGGACUUGGAGGUGAUCACGUUUAUUGACAUCCGCGUGCAUUGUGUAGACCUCUUGGUCCAGGAGCAAAGUUGGUUCAAGCAGGACUUUGCGGAGUUGGAGGAUGCCCUCGGCGAGGGAGUCUGGGAGGUGGAAGGAGACAACCUUUAUUUCGAGGCCAAAGAUGCCUCCUCAGGGGCUGUAGUUGCAAGCGAGGGUGGCGUUGGGUCGAUUGCAGAGCUUGUGCAUCAGCUCAAUAAAGGCCUCGGUUGUCAGGCAACAAACCUGACCAUGGCCUUGAUUUGUGAGGCCAUCGAUGUCGACUCAGACGGUACCUUCACCGUCGGACUGGCCUUCGACGAAGACUUUGAGGAAACAGCUCUUCUGGCUGUCACGCUUCGCAGACCCAGACCAGAGCCAAAACUGCCAAGGGAACCAGGCGAUCCACCAGAAGAUCCGGAGAUGCCACGGCCCAUUGUGCUGCAAGUCAAUGGCCAGGUGGCUUGCGAGGAUGUCGGUGAGUUACCUGUGAAGAUCGAGCUGGAUGUUCAACUCUGCUGGGAUGAGAAACGAACAGCGGUUCUCCGACACCGGCUGCUUCCGGUCGACCGCAGCGAGAUGACGAUUGACAGCAUUGACAGCCUUGACAUUGAGGCAAAAGCAACCUCAACUGGCUUCUACACCACUGACGCGAACUUCGACGUGGCGAAGGCAGUUUUUCUGCGUGCUACGGGCACUGUGCAGAUUCGCUUGUUGUCCUUGCAAUGCGGUCCUUUGAACGCUUCCUGA